AUGGGCCUUAUUAAAACCAAACUUGAACUCUUCGACUUACAGGAAAAGGUUGACCGAGUGCUCAAUGACCCGAAACAAGCGUUCACAUUGACUUCUUGUGGUGCGUCUGAAUCACGCACCGGUCGGUUAGAUGCUAAAGUCUUAGCUCUUCAGCUCAAGCUUGACCAAUUAAAACGUGCAACAUUGCAAUGUCAUGCUGAAGUAAAUCAAAUACGGGAGAAAGCACGGAAGAUCAAGACAGAUACAGCAACUGCGGCUAAGAGUACGGCAGCGUUGAGGAAAUCGUUCACGAAUGAGAAAAAUAUGCGUAUUCAGCACGAAAGAGAGAGCAUUAUUACUUUUGAGAAGACCUACAUGGACCUGUUCCAGCAAACACUCCCUUUGCAAAGUGCCUGCUGCGAAAGUCUACUCGAUCUGUUCCUGCUCAAAAAGAAGCGCAGGAAGACUCAUGACUACGAUGUGGUACUUGCUUUUAACACCAUUCCUGAAUUUCUCAAGCUUGGGCACUAUCCGGUUGCAGUAAUUAAUGCAGGUAUUGAGCGAUUGUCUUAUUUCAUUGUAUUGUUGGCCAGCUACCUAGGGGUUCAUCUACCUUAUACCAUUUACCUGCCAACAAAAUCUUUUGCAUAUGUACGAAUUGGGCCGCUUCUGAAAGAAUUGUAUCUCGGUCAUUCAGUGAAAACCACUAUGCGUACUACACCGCGUGAAUUCCACAACUAUUGUGGCAGUUUAGCCAUGGUGGCUCUGAACGUCGCAUUUGUCGCAGCAAGAAUAGGGGUCGUUAAUUUAGGCUUUGAAUCAAUUACUAGACCAAACUUUCUUGUCGCCCAGUUAUAUCUUAAGCUGGAAAGCUACAUCAAACACGGCAAACAAGUCCAGGUUCACGCUGUUUCUCUUGCCACCGACACUGAACUGAUCAAGGACCAUUUCAUAUCUUCAAUCGAUGUGGAUUUGAAUGGACACUCUGCCGAAUGGAAUAUAGUGGAGGCACCAGAAGAUUUGCAUCAAGCACAGUCUUGA